AUGAAUCAUCCUAUGUUCUUGAUUACUGAAGUCCUCUUUAUGGUUAAGUCACCUUUUGAUGGGCAUUUACAUUGGACACAUGACUUUUCACAUUCUUUGCUCUGCAGAUCAGUACAGAGAUGGGACCACACACAAAUCAGCCUUCAGAAUUUCUCCUACAUGUGGAACAUCAACAACUUUCAUUUUUUUGUGGAGGAAAGGACAGAAAGCAUUAGAAGCCCAACUAUCUCAACAGAAGCCAAUGACAAAUGGUGUUUGACAGUAAACCCGAACGGAUUCGAUGAAGUAAGUGCAGAUUACCUGUCAGUUACCCUAGUUUUGCUCAGCUGUCUAAAGAGUCAUGUUUGGGCAAAGUUCCAGUUCUGGAUCAUAAGCGCCGAAGGAGACAAAACACAAACUAUGAGGUGCCCAAGAGCCAUUAGGUUCGUUCCAGGCCGUGGCUGUGUAUUCAAAAAGUACAUCCUUCGAGAUUUCCUCUUUUCCAAUGCGCCUCAUCUUCUCCCAGAUGACAAGCUCAGCCUGCUCUGCACUGUGAAUGUCGUCCAGGAAUCCUUUAGAAUCUCCCACCAGAACAGGAAGCUAGGGAUUCAAGUUCCCAGAUGCACAUUGGCAGAUGAGCUAGGAGAGCUGUGGGAGAAUUCCCAGUUCACAGACUGCUCCCUGGUGGUAGCUGGUCAGGAAUUCCGGGCUCACAAGGCCAUCUUAGCAGCUCGCUCUCCAGUUUUCAGAGCCAUGUUUCAAAAUGACAUGGAGGAGAGCAGAAGGAACCGCGUUGAGAUCCCUGACCUGGAGCCACAAGUCUUCAAGUCAAUGAUGGGCUUCAUUUACACCGGGAAGGCACCAGACCUGGACAGCAUGGCAGAUGCAGUGUUGGCAGCUGCUGACAGGUAUGGCCUAGAGCAUUUGAAGGUCAUGUGUGAGGAUGCCCUGUGCAGGGACCUCUCUGUGGAGAAUGCUGCCCACACUCUCUUCCUGGCCGACCUCCACAGCUCAGGGCAGCUGAAAACCCAGGCACUGAAUUUCAUUACAGCUCAUGCUUCUGAGGUCUCUGAGACCUCAGGCUGGAAGAAAAUGGUGGGCUCCUAUCCCCAUUUAGUGGCUGAAGCAUACCGUUCCUUGGCUUCUGCUCAUCUCCCUUUCUUGGAGCCCCCUUUCAAACGAUUGAAGCAAUCCUAG